CCAGUUUGGUUUGGUUGUACGGGGAUGCUGGAGUGAAUAACGAGCGCUAGAAACAUCAGACGAGCCUCAGCCAAUCCGAACGCUCGCUUUUAGGAGGCAUCGAAGUAUCUAGCCACUCAGAGCGCAGUAUUUCUGUCGUUAGCAUCACCGGCAGCUGUUUGCGUUUCACGCGUUCUUGUGUUUGUCAGAUCUGACGCAGCGUAUUUCUCUCCGCGGGUCACCGUGCGCUCAGUACGCAGCAUCAGUCCGAGCUCAUCAUGCCUGACAGGGACAUCAAAUCUGCAAUCCGGCAUCCGGAGACAGUGGAGGACGUGUUUGAUCACACCUAUAAAGAGAAAGAAGGGCCCAAACCUGCCACCAUCAUAGUGUGGAGAAAUGUGAUUCUCAUGGCUGUCCUGCACGUCGGAGCUCUGUAUGGACUCUUCCUGUUUCCAUCCGCCCGUGUUCUCACGUGGAUCUGGUUUUUGGUGUGUUUUGUGUUCAGUGCUCUGGGCGUCACCGCCGGCGCUCACAGGCUCUGGAGCCACAGAUCAUAUAAAGCAUCAUUACCUCUCCGGAUCUUUCUCGCCUUCGCAAACUCCAUGGCCUUCCAGAAUGAUAUUUUCGAAUGGUCUCGUGAUCACCGCGUUCACCACAAAUACUCCGAGACGGACGCUGACCCUCACAACGCUGUGCGAGGCUUCUUCUUCUCUCACAUCGGCUGGCUCCUGGUGCGCAAGCAUCCGGACGUCAUCGAGAAGGGACACAAGCUGGAGCUCGGAGACCUGAAAGCCGAUAAAGUCGUCAUGUUCCAGAGAAGGUUCUACAAGUCUUCUGUUCUGCUGAUGUGCUUCUUCGUGCCGACGGUCGUGCCGUGGUACUUUUGGGGCGAGUCUCUGUGGGUGGCGUAUUUCGUCCCUGCCCUCCUCAGAUACGCUCUUGUGCUCAACGCCACCUGGCUGGUCAACAGCGCCGCGCACAUGUGGGGAAACCGACCCUACGACGUCAAAAUCAACCCCCGGGAGAACCGAUUCGUGGCCUUCAGCGCUAUAGGUGAAGGCUUUCAUAACUAUCACCACACGUUUCCCUUCGACUACGCCACCAGCGAGUUCGGCUGCAAGCUCAACCUGACCACCUGCUUCAUAGACCUCAUGUGUUUCCUGGGUCUGGCCCGAGAGCCCAAGCGUGUGUCCCGAGAGGCCGUGCUCGCUCGAGUCCAGCGCACCGGAGACGGCUGUCACAGGAGUGGCUAACCACCGCCCUCCGUUCAUCCCAACGAGCCGCACACCGGAAAACAGAAGGACGUCCGCUCCUCCGGCGACGGAGAGUCUCGACGCUGCUUCCGCUCUACCUUCACGUCAGAUGACAAAUGUUGUGUUUCCCAGUCUAGCCUGUGAAGCUUUAAUACGGGGAUCUGACCUGUUUGUGUAGCUCUUAUUCCGGCUUCCUCUUCUCGACAGCAGCUGUAGAUAUUUUCGAGUCCAGUCUGAGCUCACGUAGAUGAUGUGAUGUUCACUCAAUGCAGUGCCCAAAAACCCUGUAGCCCUCCCAGUCCUUUAUUGUGCGCGUCUUACCAAAUCUAACAGUGCAGUUAGGUAGAAUUUAAUUAAAGAUGCACAUCUAUUUAAUAUUGAACAGAUGCACCUUAACUGCAUCCGGACUACAUAGAGUUCUGAUGCAGAUAUAGUUUAAAAUUUCAUAAUAUUGCCAAUCUAUUUUGUUGCCAUACUUGCACAAAUGGUUCAUUCGGAGAAUUGCGUGAAUAGUUUGGAAUCUGUAGUCAUGAUUCGUGAUUUUUGGUGAAUUUUUGACCACACGGCACAAAUGCGACAAACAGCUGUGAAACGUGAGUUCAAUUUGAUGUCUAAUCUGUAAACACACUUACUUGAGUAACACUGAAUUACAUUUAACAGAAGGAAUCUGUCGCUGGAUUGAAUGGUUGAGCUUGUGUGAGAAUGACGGCGUGCAUUGAUUCCUGAUCGAAUGUGGAGUUUGGUUUUGUAUUGUAAUUAAUGGUGCAACACCAUGCUUAUCUUUCAAGUCCCAAUUUAAUGUUAAUAAAUCUUAUAAAUACGUCUGUGAGCAUGCUGUGUUAAUACAGAACUCUUUUCUACUGCAGAAUAAUACAGACGGAUUGAAUCUGUGGAUUCACAGUAAUUAUAAUAAUUCAUGUGUGUUAUGAAGCCAAAAGCCAUUGUGUUGCAUGCAAUCCGAAUUGGUGCAAACUGAGGUUUUUUUGCUCUAGUUCAAUCUGUAUGUUUAAUCAAACAUAAUGUAUUUUCAGAGUGCUAUUUUUCCAUGUUUGGAUUUCAUUUCACAAGUUGCUUGUAAUUAAACUGUUUGGUAACUUUAAAAGUAUUUGGAUUGCAUUUUCUUUGAAGACUUUAUACUGUAAAUCUCUCUCACCCGGGACACAGAUCGCCUUAUUUCUGACACUUGUGAGUCAAGAUGCCAAAAAUGCAGUUGUGAUAUUUCUCAUGCUGCUUGGAAAGAAGCCUUCGGCUCUUAAAACUAAAGUGAUGUUCCUGUUAGAGAUAACAGUCAGUAUAAACACUUGUUUAGUUAUCAUUUACUACAAAAUAAAGUCUCAAGCAAAGAU